AUGGAGAUUGGGUGUGGGAUAAUGAGAAUCCGUAAGAUGAUACAAGUAUUUGGGAAAGCUUUGGUAGAAAAGACGGCAGAGUUGAUUGUAGUAGAUUACAUGGGAAGGAGCGACAUGGACAACAUGCAAUCACUGAAAAGGAAAUGGCAAGAAUUGUGCUGCAAAGCAUCUGACGUAGAAGAAGAAGUGAAGGGAGAAGAAAUGUCAGGUAAAAAGAAAAGGAAACGUGAAGUUGAUGGUUGGUUGAAGGACGUUAAAAAAUUAAGUCCUGAAAUUGAUGCAUUGGAAAGAAGAGGAUCAUCUUGGAGGCUUCCACUAAAGGAGGAUCCUGUAGGAAAGCUGCAGCUUCAGGUGGAAGAACUUAUUCAGCAGAGCCACCAUUUCAAUGGGCUUGUGCUCGAUACUUAUGACAAAAUUGGGGAGCCAUGCCUGCCAACCAAAUUGUUUGGAGUAAAGUUCGAGGAAGCUUUGCAGAGAAUUUGGCCAUGCUUGGUGACCGAUGAUAUAUCAAGCAUUGGGAUUUAUGGUAUGGGCGGAGUUGGUAAGACCACACUGGCGAGGCACAUUGAGUACCAUCUUUUAGAAAAGAACAAAUAUCGCGUGCUUUGGGUUACAGUAUCUCAAGAAAAUUUCAGUAUCACCAGUUUGCAGGAUAAGAUUGCCAAUGUCUUAGGCAUUCGUCUGUCAAAUAGGGAUGAGGAAGAAGUCAGGGCAGAUAUAUUGCGUGGGGCAUUCAGCAGAAUGAAGAGAUUAGUAGUGCUCAUUUUGGAUGAUGUUUGGGAAGAAUUUUGUUUAGACAGGGUAGGGAUUCCUCUUCAUCCAAACAAGUGCAGAUUGAUUUUGACUACACGCUCACUGGAAGUGUGCAACAGGAUACAAUGCCAAAGAAAAUUUGAUUUGCAAACUUUGGACAAAGACGAAGCUUGGGAUUUGUUCAAGUAUAGACUUGGCAGCGAGACCUUGCUUCAAGGAGAUUUGGACAAUAUUGCCAAGUCCAUAGUGGAAGAGUGUGGUGGUUUGCCUCUUGGUAUUAUCACAGUGGCUGGAAGCAUGAGAGGUGUGAGCGAUAUUUGUGAGUGGAGAAAUGCAUUGGAACAAUUGAAAACAUGUUCAAUAGGGUAUGAUGAGAUGGAACGAGAUGUGUUUCCCAUUCUGGAAUGGAGUUUCAAUCGCCUGAGCAAAUGUGAAAAGAAUUGCUUCUUGUAUUGCUGUCUUUAUCCGGAAGAUCGGAAAAUACAAAGAGAGGAACUAAUAGACCUCUUUAUUUGGGCAGAGCUGAUGUCAAAACGGGGCUCAACGUCAAAAGCAUUCGAUCAAGGUCAAACGAUAUUAAACAAACUGAUAAGAGUUUGCUUGCUGGAAGAAACUAGAGAUUCUGAAGGGGAUGACUGUGUGAAGAUGCAUGAUUUGGUCAGAGACAUGGCAUUAAGGAUCACGCAUGGAAACUCCAAACCAGAGAGCAGCAGAGAUGAUGUACCACGAUUCUUGGUGAAAAGCUUAGGACAGGAACAUUCAAUAGUAGCACUGGAACAAGAAGAGUGGACAGAAGAUCUCCGUGCAGUUUCCUUCUAUUCACAAACUUUAAAAGGAACAAAAAUUCCACCAGCCUGGUCACCAAAUUGUCCUAAGCUCUCAACCUUGCUUCUUUCUCGGGUUUCCAUAAAAGAAAUCCCAGAUUCAUUCUUUCGGCACAUGUGUGGACUUAAAGUUUUGAAUCUAUCUCAGUGCUACAAUAUAACAGAACUGCCUAAUUUUGUUUCAGACUUGGUGAAUCUCACUGCUCUGAUUUUGGAGGGUUGUGGAGGCCUCCGAUUUGUGCCACCACUGGGAAAGCUCAAGCAAUUGAGGGAUUUGGAUCUAUCCAGAACUGAGAUUGAGGAUUUACCUGAAGGCUGGGAGUCACUGGUCAACCUCGAAAGUCUUAACUUGCGUGAGUGUUGGGCUGUAAGACGAAAGAUAAUACCAAAAGGGACAUUUUCCCAAUUGCACCGUCUUCAAUGGCUAUUAUUGCCAUAUGGUAGGGUACAAGUUAUGGAUUUAGAAGUGUUGAACCAAUUAGAAGUUUUUAUAGGAUGUUUGCCUUUUACGGACUUUUAUAAAAUUACUCGGUGGCCAAAAUACUAUAAUGUUUAUAUCAAUAACAUCUUAACUGAGGAUCCGUUUUAUGACGGGGACAGUGAUUGUGAGGACCAGGAGAAACAACUGUAUUUCCAUCAGUUUAAGCUUGGUAGAGGAUGGAACUAUCUGCCAGAUGACAUGAAAAGUUUGACAAUCGAGGAUUGUGAGGGCAUGGUCAUUAGGUGCUUGUCAGAUGCUUUUAGGAAUUUUACAAAUUUAAGCCACUUAUCUAAAUUGGUUAUUGAGGAUUUGAUUGGAAUAGAGUUCCUCUGGCAAUUGUCCUUCGCUUCUCCACGUGAUCAGUUGGAAGUCUCGUCUUUUAGUCCACUCCGUGAUCUCCAAGUGCUAAGCCUCAACAGGUUGCCAAAUCUGGUUGGUCUAUUUUACGGAGACUCAGAACCAUAUUUGCUUCCAGCUAGCACCUUUUCUUCCCUUAAAGAAUUGUGGAUUUCUAGAUGUCACAACAUGAAGCAGCUAUUCACACUGCAGUUGCUGCAGAACCUUCAAAAUCUUGAAAUAUUAGGAGUUGAAGAUUGUGAAGGACUGGAGGAGAUAGCAGCAGAUGGCUUCCAAUUGACUUCAAGUGGAGCCACCGCAACAGUCAUCCUUCCAAAAUUAAAGUUUUUGAAUCUGUGUUGGCUGCCACAAUUGAAUAAUAUUUGCAAGGCAGCCUUGAUCUGCAAUUCAAUCUAUCAGAUUGAAAUAUCCGGUUGUCCAAAGGCAAAGAGGCUGCCUUUGUUUCUUCCUACCAUCAACGGACUACCAUCUCUUCCUAGCACUCUUCAUAAAAUCAAGGGAGAUAAAGAGUGGUGGGAAUCGUUAGAGUGGGAAAAUCCUUGUGCCAAAAAUGCCCUUGACCCAUAUUUUACCACGCAGUAGCGGAUCCCAUUUCUUUGAUGAAGACCACCUGUUUGAUCAAAAUCCUGACGGAUUCUCAUGUUACCAGGUAGCCACAAAAUUGCUGCUGCAAGAGAGUUGAUGUUGCAAAAACAAGUGUUAAAUGAAGCUUUGUCCACCAACGCCAAAUUUCUUUCAGGCUGGCCUCAUUUUGAGGACAACAAACCACAUUUGCAAGAUAUGGAGCUAGGGAAGACCAGCAAUCUUUAGCCAAUGUUGUGCACUCAAUAUAAUUUCAGUCGAGGAAAAGUUCAACAUACAAUGCCCUGAAAAAUCAAACACACAAUCAAUCAGCCAUUGAUAACAACCUCUUACCUAGGUGAACAUGAAGACUAAAGCAACUUGAAGACUAGAAUGAUUUUUUUGGAUGAAUGAAUGUCAUUGAAACUCGGCUAUUCUUCUGCUAUUCCAUCCUUGUACAUCAAAUUUUCGUCAAUCACAAGACUUGAUACAAUCAGUUCAGAUGCCACUCUGUUACAGAAAUCUAAUGUUUUAUGUAACAGUGCACAAGCCCUAUGAUAUUGCUAAGAAAUGGUAAAACCUCACCUUCAUGAAAUACCACUUAUUCUUAGUUUGAAUUUUAUUUCAGGUUUCUAAGGUGGCAGGGAUAUGUUGAACUGAAAUUCCAUGACUGGUGGGCUAUCUUGGUCAAAAAGAGGGCCUUGUUAACUGAGAACUGGAGUCGCCAGCCAUUUUUCGUACUAACUACUUUUAUUGUAGUCUUUACUAUACUAAAAGCGGGAGUACGGAGUGCUACAGUAAAAUUGGGCUGGUUAUAGUGCGAUUUGUGUGAGCUUGUGGGGCGGUUUGGUCUUUUGCCAUUCAGUGGUGUUCGCUUUGCUGGAAAUUCACUUCUGUCCGCGUGGCUCUCUUGCGUGGAAACAUUUCCUCUUGGUCAGCAAUUUCCUCUUCAUGUGAUUAGCAUUAGCCUUAGUGGUGCUUCAUUUUUCGAUAAUGCCAUUUGCUGUUUCUCUCUUACUUAGGACACCGGAAGAUGCAUGCUAUAUUAUUUUGGUUCCUUUGUAAUUUAUUUGUUCUUUGUACCUCUUUUGUUUGAGUCAUUGUUGCCCCUUGUGAUCCGGAGAGAUGGGCCACCU